AUGCUGUUCGCCAUAAAGACGGAGCCGGUUGUUUUGCGGCAUGUGUCGCAGUGGCAGAUUAUGUUUGUCAGAGGGAUGCCGGUUACUUUCUCUCGCCGACAAGAUGACUCGCUAGAGUCUCGCAAUGCCCAACGGGAUCGCAGCUCGGAACACAGCGCUAAAAACGACUACCCCUCGAUAAAUUUCCUUCCAUGGCGCGCCCACGAGCUGCGUCGGGGGCCGACGCCCCCCAAAGAACCUCACACGGUCUCUCUCAAAGGUAGGCAAGCUCCAUUCUACGGUAUUGACCCUCUCUAUCCGAUAUUCUUGUUGAAUGCCUCUCUGAUCUGUCCCUGUUCCAGUCUCUCCCGACCGUCGCUUGCGCAGCAGUCCCCUCUCCCCGCUGCGAAUACAAGGAUCUCCAACCAGGCUUCCUUGAGCUUUCCGUCUGUCGACUCGGAUGACCAGUUUAUUCUUACACCUAACCUCACCCUCCCCCCAGCCUUCGGCUCCGUCUACGUCGGCGAAACCUUCGCCUGCACCCUAAGCGCCAACAACGAAAUAGGCACCCACGAAAGCGGGCGGGUGAUAACCUCUGUCCGCAUCGUGGCGGAAAUGCAAACGCCCUCCUCAGUCGCGUCCCUAGACCUCGAGCCGGCCGGCGACUCAGCACAGACAGACGGUCUCAAACCCGGCGAAUCGCUGCAAAAAAUAGUCCGGUAUGACCUUAAGGAAGAAGGGAAUCACAUCCUGGCCGUAAGCGUCAGCUAUACCGAAACGAGAAUCGGGUCGGAUUCGCAGGCGGCUAGUGGGCGUGUGCGGACGUUCCGAAAGCUCUACCAGUUUGUCGCGCAGCCUUGUCUUAGCGUCCGGACCAAGGCGUCCGAGUUGCCGCCGCUGGAGGUGGAGAAUAAGUCGUUGGGUCCGUAUGGGAAGACGAGGUUAUUGCGGUUUGCGCUGGAGGCGCAGUUGGAGAAUGUUGGAGAUGGGGCGGUUGUUGUUAAGCAAACCAGGUUAAACCCCAAGCCACCUUUCAAAUCGCAAUCACUAAACUGGGACAUGACGGACGCGUCGGCAACGGAACCACCGACGCUGAGUCCGCGGGAUGUGCUGCAGGUCGCGUUCCUGGUCGAGCAGGAGGAAGGCCGGGCAGAAGGGCUAGAAGCGCUGCAGAAGGAUUUGAGGAAGGAGGGCCGCGCCACGCUGGGGCAGUUGUCGAUCGAAUGGCGCGGCGCGAUGGGCGACAAGGGUUUUCUCACGACGGGGAAUUUGAUGAGCCGGAAACGUACCUGA